AAGUUGAUAUGUUAUCAUUGAUGUGUCUUUUCUUUGAAAUAUUGUCAUGAAGUGUUUGAAGUUGAUAUGUUGUCAUUGAUGUGUCUUUUCUUUGAAAUGUUGUCACUUUCAUUUUUCAUCUAUAAAUAACAUAUCAUACUUCAUGAAACAUACAUCUUCUUCAUUUGUGUUAUAGAUGGCUUUAAAUCAACGAAGUUCUUCAUACACAAAUGCUGAAGACUCACACCUCUGCCAUGUAUAUCUUGACAUUUCCCAAAAUCCGAUCAUAGGUAUAAACCAAUCUAAGGAUCAAUUUUGGUCUCGAGUUGAGAGUGAUUAUCAUAGCUCAAUGCCUGCUUUUAUCACUCAAGUUCGACCCAGAAGAUCUUUGCAAUGUCAAAUGCAAACUCUCCUAACUGCAAUUGGCAAGAUGAGGGGAUGUGUAAGACAUGUUGAAAAUUUAAAUCCAAGCGGUGCUUCUGAACAAGAUAUUUUCAAUCGGGCUAAAGUGUUGUUUGCUCAGGAUAAUAAUUAUAAGAAGGGAUUCAAAUUCGAUCAUGUAUGGCCCAUUUUGAAAGAUAUCGAAAAAUUUGCAGAUGUUAAUGCUGGAAUUCAAGUGGGACGUAUGCAACAUGGUAACUUUGCAUCAUCACAAUCAGAGUACUCUCCCACUUCAGACUCUCUCACACCAGCAUCUCCUGGAUUGGCUUCAUUCGAUUUUAAUAUGAAUGACAAUGAUUUUGGUGGUACUUCAACUGAAAGAACUAUAGGGGUACGGAAAGCAAAAUUUAAAAAGAGAAAUGAUGAAGAAAGUUAUAAGUUUAUGGAGUAUAUGAAAGAAGAGAAUCAAAAAAUUGUUGCAAUUAUGGAAAAAAAUAAUGCUGAUAGGUUAUGAAAUCCAAAUGUUAUGAGCUCAAACUACGGCCAAAAAAGUGGACGUGGAAGAAUUACGUGAAGAAAAUUUAAUUUUACUGAAAGAUUUGACACAAGUAACUGAUCCAAAACUACAUGAGUUUCUUGUACAAGAACAAUCAAGAAUUAUGCAUAAAAGAACUAAACAAUGUGAAGGAUCUCAAAAUACCGGUUCUGGUACUUUUG